AUUAUAGAAAAUAAAGAUGCCUUAGAUCUAAUUAAAAAAGUUGGCUCUGAUCUUAUAAUAAACACUUUUGCAUGCAACUUUAAAUUGGACGGCAAAGUGAACGAAAAUAUAAACGAAACAAAUUAUCUUAAUCGACGCCUAUUCGAAAAUUUUUCACUUACCUCUUACAAAGAAGCUAACAAAACAAAACCGUUGAUUCUUACUUCCACAGUACUAAAGCAAAGUACUUAUGGCCAUUGUCUUACGAAUUUUAAAAACCGUCUUGGUUUGAAAGGUGAUCAAGACCUCUACGUUUUAAUCAAUGUUGUAAUGUCUCCUUGGCCUACCGAAUUUGAUUUCAUUAAUAAACUUACAAAAACUUUUAAAGAAACCUUGAAAGAUAUGACAGAGAUUUCAAUUAGACGUAAUAUGAAAAAACCUUUUCUUUUUAAGGCUUUAUCACUUGGUGAAACUCAAUUAAAUGAGAAAAUAUAUAAUUAUCCAGCACAUCUAUUUGUAAUUCAAGGCACCGAUGAAAUUUAUUUAGUUCAUUUGCCAAUAUUUCAACUCGAAACACAUCGUUAUCAAGUCAUUAUCAAGGCUCAAUUACCAGAAAAACCAAUGAUAAAAUAUAAAAUUAUUCGUAAAAAAUACCCCUCAAAAUUACUACUACUUCGUUACCAAGAGAAUGUUACAAUCGACAAAAUUACAACUGAAGGAGGUUCUUUCAGGGCUUGUAUUAUAGAAAAUUUCGAUCCUUACACGGCAUUAAAAGAAAAUCCUAAAAUUUCUUCAAUAAACAAUUUUGAAGUGAAAACUAUUAAAUUGCUCAAGAAACGAAAUUUAGGAUCAACUUAUCAAGAUACAAACUAUCCAAUAGAUCGUGUUCCAUUUUAUCUUUAUGGUACGCAAAACAAAUUACACAUUGAUCAUUUACUCCUUAAAUCUCCUAACAUUCAACUUUCUGCUGAGAAUGUACAAAUUGAAUUAACAUCGGGAGAAUUAACAAAAGAACAGAAAGAAGGAGGUGUCAUCGUUCACCUAAUUGCGAAAGAAGAAGAUGGCACUAUGAUUGAUUUAUGUGAGGUUGCUAUGCAACCAUUCCCAGAUACAAAACAUCUUGGAGAUUCAUUCUUUUUCAAAGCUAAUAGUUGUUUUUAUAUUGAAAUAUAUGAAGAUCCAGCAUUUGUCCCAACCCUAAAUGGGCCAGGUCUAGAUAACGUUAAUAGUACAUUACCAUUUGCGAAAGGAAAAAUUAUAUUACCUCCCAAGAAUAAAGGAAGUUUAUAUAUCGAUUCUCAUUUAAUUAAUGUAGAUCCAAUAAUUGAUUUAAAAUUCAAAAAGGACAUAGUAGAUAGACAUUUUUCAAAUGAGUCGCGGAAGAAAUGCCCUAGACAAUUGUUGGUUAAUUCAAAAAAGAAUUGA